AUGGCUAGAGUUAAUAAAACAAAUAAAAGACAAAUUGGAAAAGUUAAGAAUGCGUGUUUCUUUUGCAGAAAAAGGAAAAUUAAAUGCAAUGGUAUUCAGCCAUGUUCCAGUUGCAUAAAACAUAAAUGCAAAGAAUGCAUAUUUGAAACACCUCCAAUUAACAACAAACCUCCUCCCUUGAAUUUCGCUGUUGCCUCUCCUCUUUUAACCGUUAAUGCAUCUAAUGGCAAUAAUGCUCCACUUCCGGUCUUGCCAAUUAAUCAUCAUAACGUCAAUAUUCCCAUCUUUGAAAAACCAAAUAAUUUUACAAACUCUAAUAAUGCUACUAUUGUCAAUAAUGCAUCUGGUCAAAUACCACUACACCAGCCGGUUUCUAUGACACAACAAAAUGUUCUUACUAACCACCACAAUAAUCAACAACAAAUUCUUGCUCAGCAACAAAAUGAUCACCAUAACCAGAGACAAACUUCUAUUGAACAUCAAUACCAACAGCAACGUAUAUAUUAUGAUCCAGAGGGGACUUCACACACUGCAAUUAACAUGAACAUGCAUAUGGAGAAUGAACACCAUCCCAACAACAAUCGUUUAUUUCAACCAGUCUUUGCAAACCAAGCUUACGCUGACGACAUUGAAGUUCAUAGAACGAAUGCCCCAACUCCACUUAUGAUCAACGACAGUGCUACUGCUAUUAAUGCCUCGGUCACGAAUAAUUUCCAUAUUAAUAAUCCUAUGAUUUUAUCGCAUAACCCUACCACUCGUAACAAUAAGAGUAUCAGCAGUAACAAUAUUGCUACAGAUGGAGUUACUCAUGAUAUGUCAAAUUCUAAGAUUAUCUCAACAGUAACUAAUCAACAAACUUUAAAAAAUAAUUUUUCCACCGCAAACAAUAAUAAUAAUUUUUCAUUAAUAAGUGAAGGCCAUUUGUCUAAUCUACAGAACAAUAAAACUGACCCUGUCAUAAAUUAUCACAAUGUUCCACAAAAGGUUUUCGUCAAUCAAUCCUCUGAUUUUAAGCCGGUUAUAAUGAGUAACGACGCUAGCGGUAGUAGCAGUAAUAAUUCAGUGAUGAAUGAAAUUAAUUUGUCUAAUCCACACAACAAUAAAACUGAUCCUGUCACAAAUUAUCACAAUGUUUCACAAAAGGCCUUUAUUAAUCAAUUCCCUAAUUUUAAACCAGUUGUAAUAAAUAACAAUAAUAAUAAUAAAUUUACUACCACAGCCAAUUAUUCUUCCAAUAUUAUGACAAAUGUUGAUGAACAAAAUAUUGCUACCUCCAAAAAUCUAAAUAACAAUAACAAAGAUAUUGCCAUAAAAACCCCAACUAAAGCAAAGAAUAAUCAGCCAAUUAACGCAGCCAAAAAUACCGCCUACAUCAAUGACUCGGAUAUUCAAAACAACAUCGAUAUACUGAAUGCUAAGCAAAAUAUGAGCAAGCAGAAACUAAACUUUUCUAAUGACAAAAAAGAUCAUAAAUUUAAUCAGGAUGAUUCAAUGUCUUUAUAUACAUAUGAUACUGAGUUUUCUAAUUUUUUCCAUUCGGUAAAGACAUUUCUUGCUAAUAUAGAGAAAGAUAAGGAGGGUGAUAGCAAAAUGACAAGAGAUACAAAAGAAAGUAUUAAGGAAUUAAAUGAAAAAUUAGAUUCGUUAAAGGCCAAUCUAACUUUAAAGUUUAAUCCAAAAAAAAUUUACCAAACCGAUUCUAGUUCUUCUAGCUUAGAGGCUAGUUUAAUUGAAAAUAAAAACAUCGUAUUUCAUAGAUUCCAUAAGGAAAUUUUGGAUAAUACCAGCAGUUUUGGUAUGACUGCUUAUUUUGGGUUAUAUUCAAGUAAAUCUACCGUUACACCCAUGGGCAUUAUUUGGACAUUAAAACAACUAUUUAAGGUUUGUUCUAGUCAUACGGUUAAACAAAGUUUUGUCUUGAUGUUGAAAAUGCAAGAUUCAGUGGUUCGCACCUACUAUACGAGAAUGGAUUUUAUCAAAAAUGUCAUGAGAAAUUAUAAACGGCUUACUGGUCAAUCUUCGAUGCCAUCCUGUGCUGCACCAGACUUCAAGAACACUACAAAGUCUACAAGCUCAUCCAACCCCUAUUCAUCGGGUGCCACUUAUACUCCCCCGCAAUCUGAGAUAAAAUCGAUUAAAAGUGAUAUUUUAAAUAGGUUACCACCAUUAGUUAUCCAAUCAAGUGACCUACAAGAUAAUUUUGCUACAAUUCGUCCAAGCAAUUUACUAAAAAAAAUUAAUAAGCUAAUAUUCCAACUACCACAAAUUUAUGAAAAAAAUGCUGAAAUAUUAGCCGUGGAAUCUUUUAAAGAAACCUAUAAUUUAUUGCUACUGUUCUGGUUAGAAGUGUUUGAGGAUUUAGUAUUAGUUCCAUAUACAGAGCUAUUGAGUUUAAAACCUGUUGUUGAUGGAUUUUGGAUCUUAUCCAGUUUUGAUGACUUGUAUUUGUACACAUCUUAUAUUCCGAUGAUUAUUGCUAAUGCACAAAACACCUGCUUAAAUAGGUGGGAAUAUUAUGUUAACCAAAAAUCUGAAAUAGCUAAUAAUAUGAGAGAUAUUUGGUGGAGUGUAAAUAUGUGGGAUAAAUUGUAUAGUAUUAAGAAUGGCAGACCACACAUGAUCGAUACAGAUAUAAAUUUGGUCCUAUUCCCUGUAAAUGUAAUGAAGCUAGGUGUAGAAGCUUCUAUGUCAAUUGAAGAAUUAUUUGAAAAUGGUUGCUUAGUUUACAACAAUUUAAAGGAUGCUUUUACUGAUGAAGACGAAUUUAUAGAAAGUGCUACUAAAUUUGGGCUUAUAUUAUUGUCUAAAAUUAUUGAAUUCUCGCAAACUGAAAUUUUUUACAACAAAAUAAUUACACAUUAUGGAAAUGCUACAUUUUUACAAUUCAACUCUUGUCAAAUCAUAACAAAAUUGAAUACUGAAAUUAAUAGAUUAUUGAAGUUUUUGGACAAGUUUGAUCUCAAGUUUUCCACAUUGUUUGAACGUAAUUUUUUUGAAAAUCAAGAUGUGUUUUCAUUGUACAUUUCGUUUAAUCACACCAAAUGCUGUCUGUACAGUUAUAUGGAUAAUUUGCUUGUUAGAGAGCUGAGUAAUUUCCCAAACCAUGCCUUAGUCAUGGGUCUUUCAGAAAAAGUUUUCAUUUUGAUGAAAGAGGCAAGUCUAUCCAUUAUGAAAUCGCUACAAGAUAUGACCUGCAAUAAAGCUAACGAACUUAACAAUAACACAAUUCCAGGACAUUAUAAUGACGGAAUACCUAGCAAUACUGGAAAUAAAAUCAAUUUUGCUAUCAACGGUAAAAGAACUGUUCGUUGUGGUGAUACUAUUGUUUUGUUAUUACCGGCUCAAACACAUAUUGUAAUUUCUAUUGCUUUGGCGGUAUCUGCCAUUUGCUUUUUAGAUAAUUGUAAAACUUGGAAGCUUCAGUAUCUAAUCGAUUUAUGUGAUGCUACUCAAUGGAUCUAUGAAUCAUUUAUGUUUAUGUUGCAUUAUGAUAAGUUUAUUCCCCAAACAGAAGAGGAUAAAAUUUUGAAUGCAGUGGGAACCUCCAUUGUUUUAAUAAGAAAUUGUAUAUUUAGCUACAUCUCGAUCGAUGAAAACCACAAAACCGACUUUUUAAAUUAUAUUGAUAUCGAUGAGGGGGGCGCUAAUAGUAGCACCAAGGGGUAUCUAUUUUAUGAUGAAAGAAAUAAUGCUAAAAAAGUUGUCAAUAUAAAUAAUUUUGAUGACUUUCACACAAAAUUGCGGGUUCGAGAUUUGUACGGUGAAGUGAAAAGUUUAAAUUCCAACAUUUUUAAAAAAUUCAUUAAACCGUUCAAUAACGCACCUUAUAGAAAGUAUUUAGAAGAUGCUAUAAAGUCAGCCUUGGGUGAUUCAUAUUCAAAAGUUGUUGCUGGGUUAUACUGUAAUCAUUUGGACAAAGAUAAAAAAUUUUAUGAAGAAAAACUUUCCAAAGGUUACAGUUAUGAAAAGGAUUUAAAAUUGUUUGAGGAUCUUAAAAACAAAAAAAUUGCCAAAAUGGUAAACGAUUCUGUGGAACAAAAGAAGCCUGCAAAAAAAGAUGAAUCGUUUUAUAAUAGUGUCAAUAGAGUAGGUAUGUUGCCCAAUGGACAAAACAUCAUCAAUCUUGAGGAUUUGAAGGGAACCUUUCCCACUAGUCAUAACGCUUCCUCCGAAUAUUCGUUUAUUAAAAAUGCAGAUGAGCAUGAUUUCAGCUUCUGGGAUAGUAUUCAUGAUUUAAUUGGUAAUAUUGAUUUUAUGGCUUUGGAUGAUAUAUGGCAAAGCUUAGUCAAUGAUGAAAAGUAG